AAAAAUGGCAAUAACAAAACUAACAAAAAUUAAAAAAAUCGGCAAACAUAAAAACGGCAAAAACUACAAGAAUGAAAAUUGAAAAAAAUUACAAAAUGACAAAAAUGACAAAAAUGACAUAAAUGACAAAAAUUACAAAAAUGACAAAAAUGAUAAAAAUGACAAAAAUAACAAAAAUGACAAAAUUGACAAAAAUGAUAAAAAUUACGUAAAUCGAAAAAAAUGGCAAAACUACAAGAAUUUUAAAAACGACAAAAAUGACAAAAAUUCCAAAAAUGACAACACUGUCAAAAAAAAUGACAAAAAUGUCAAAAAUGACAAAAAAAAUAUAAAAACAACAAAAAUGACAAUAUUGCCAAAAAUAACAAAAUUGCCAAAAAUAACAAAAGUGACGAAAAUGACAAAAUUGUCAAAAAUGACAAAAAUGACAAAUCUGACAAAAAUGACUAGAAUGACUAAAAUUACUAAAAUGACUUGAAUGACAAAAAUGACCUAAAUGUUAAAAAUGACAAAAAUUACUAAAUUGACAAAAAUUACAAAAAUGACAACAAUGACAAAAAUGACAAAAAUGACGAAAAUGACAAAAUUGACAAAACUAACAAAAAUGACUAAAAUUACUAAAAUUACUAAAAUGACAAAAAUUACAAAAAUUACAAAAAUAACAAAAAUGACAAAUGUGUCAAGAAUGACAAAAAUGACAAAAAUGACAAAAAUGGCAAAAAUGAAAAAAAUGACAAAAAUGACAAAAAUGACAAAAAUUACAAAAAUGGCUAAAAUGAAAAAAAAUUGUCAAAAAUGACAAAAAUUACAAAAAUCACAAAAAUGACAAAUAUGAAAAAAAUGAUAAAAUUGACAAAAAUGACAAAAAUAACGAAAAUGACAAAAAUGGCAUAAUUAACAAAAAUGACAAAAAUGACAAAAAUGACAAAAAUGAUAAAAAUGACAAAAAAUUACAAAAAAUGACAAAAAAUGACAAAAACGAUAUAAAUAACAAAAAUAACAAAAAUGACAAAAACAACAAAAAUGACAAAAAUGACAAAAAUUAGAAAAAUUACAAAAAUGACAAAAAUGGCAAAAAUGACAAAAAUGACAAAAAUUUCAAAAAUAACGAAAAUUACAAAAAUGACAAAAUGACAAAAAUGACAAGAAAUCACAAAAAUUACAAAAAUGACAAAAAUGACAAAAAUGACAAAAAUGACAAAAAUGACAAAAAUGACAAAAAUGACAAAAAUGACAAAAAUGACAAAAAUGACAAAAAUGACAAAAAUGACAAAAAUGACAAAAAUGACAAAAAUGACAAAAAUGACAAAAAUGACAAUAAUGACAAUAAUGACAAAAAUGACAAAAAUGACAAAAAUGACAAAAAUGACAAAAAUGAUAAAAAUGAUAAAAAUGAUAAAAAUGACAAGAAUGACAAAAAUGACAAAAUGACAAAAAAUUACAAAAAUGACAACAAUGACAAAAAUUACAAAAAUGACGAAAAUGACAAAAUUGACAAAAUUGAUAAAAUUGACAAAAAUUACUAAAAUUACUAAAAUUACAAAAAUUACAAAAAUUACAAAAAUUAAAAAAAUUACAAAAAUUACAAAUGUGACAAGAAUGACAAAAAUGACAAAAAUGACAAAAAAGAAGAAAAUGACAAAAAUGACAAAAAUGACAAAAAAUAACAAAAAUGACAAUAAUAACAAAAAUGACAAAAAUAACAAAAAUGACAAAAAUGACAAAAAUGACAAAAAAUAACUAAAAUGACGAAAAUGACAAAAAUGAUAAACAUGACAAAAGUGAAAAAAUGACAAAAUUGUCAAAAAUGACAAAAAUGACCAAAAUGACAAAAUUGACCUAACUGUCAAAAAUGACAAAAAAUAAAUAAAUUACAAAAACGACAAUAAUGACAAAAAUGACAAAAAUGACAAAAAUGACAAAAAUGAAAAAAAUGACAAAAAUGACAAAAAUGACAAAAAUGAUAAAAAUGACAAAAAUGACAAAUAUGUCAAAAAUAACAAACAUGACAAAAACGACAAAAAUGACAAAAAUGACAAACAUGACAAAAAUGACAAAAAUAACAAAAAAAAAACAAAAAUGACAAAAAACGACAAAAAAACGACAAAAAUGACAAAAAUGACAAAAAUAACAAAAACGACAAAAAUGACAAAAUUGACAAUAAUGAGAAAAAUUGACAAAAAUUACUAAAAUUACUAAAAUUAAUGAAAUAAAAAAAUGACAAAAAUGACAAAAAUGACAAAAAUGACAAAAAUGACAAAAAUGACAAAAAUGACAAAAAUGACAAAAAUGACAAAAAUGACAAAAAUGACAAAAAUGACAAAAAUGACAAGAAUGACAAAUAUGACUAAACCUACGAAAAUGACUAAAAUGGUUAAAACAUAAAAAGCAAAAACGACAAAAAUGAUAAAAAUGACAAAAAUGACAAAAAUGACAAAAUUGAUAAAAUUGACAAAAAUGAUAAAAAUGACAAAAAUCGAAAAAAAUGGCAACACUACAAGAAUUAAAAUAAGACGAAAAUGACAAAAAUGACGAAAAUUACAAAACUGUCAAAAAUAUCAAAAAUGACCAAAAUGACAAAAAAAAAUUUACGAAACGACAAAAAUGACAAUACAUAAUGCCAAAAAUAACAAAAAUGACAAAAAUGCCAAAAAUGACUAAAAUGACAAAUAUGACAAGAAUGACAAAAAUGACAAAAAUGACAAGAAUUACAAAAAUGACAAAAAUGACAUAAAUGACCAAAAUGACAAAACAGACAAAAAUGACAAAAAUGACGAAAAUGACAAAAAUGACAAAAUGACAAAAAUGCCAAAAAUGACCAAAAUGACAAAAAUGGCAAAAAUAACAAAAAUGGCAAAGAUAACAAAAAUGACAAAAAUGACAAAAAUGCCAAAAAUGACAAAAUUGUCAAAAAUGACAAAAAAAAAUGUCAAAAAUGACAAAAAUUACAAAAUUGACAAAAAUGACAUAAAUUACAAAAAUGACAAAAAUUACAAAAAAAUCAAAAAUUACAAAAAUGACAACAACGCAAAAAUGACAAAAAUUACAAAAAUGACAACAACGCAAAAAUGACAAAAAUAACAAAAAUGACAAAAAUUUAAAAAAAUUGCAAAAAUUACUAAAAUGGCAAAAAAUGACAGAAUGGUAAAAAUAUCAAUAAAAACCAAAAUGACAAAACCUACGAAAAUGACUAAAAUGGUAAAAACAUAAAUAGCAAAAAUGACAAAAAAGACAAAAAUCACAGAAAUGAUGAAAAUGACAAAAAUGACAAAAAUGACAAAAAUGACUAAAAUGACAAAAAUGACAACAAUGACAAAAAUUUCGAAAAUGUCAUAAAUGUCAAAAAUGACUAAAAUGACUAAAAUGACAAAUAUGAUUAAAAAGACACAAAUGACAAAACAACAAUUGCUUAAUUUAUAUUAACAGAAAUUGAAAAAAAAAAAUAUAUUAACUCCAUUUUCUUUUUUUCAGAUGCUCAUUACCCGGAGUAUUGAAAUUCAAAUAAAAAAGAAUGUGUCCAGCGAUCCAUCAGGAAGAAGACUGAACACAGUUAUCAAAACCGAACCCACCACAUUCGACUUGAGCCCUAUGCAGAAUUUCCCGCCGGAAGCACUUCUUGCUUUUUCACUCUUCAAUCCCGGUCGGAUGCUGGAAUUGAUGGGAUUCAGCUUCCCGAUUCGAUGCGACGAAGACGUUGAGCGGCUAGAGAAGUUGGUCACCAUUGACAAUCAAGUGCGAGAGCAAUAUGUGCGUUUUCUUGCAACGGUAAAGAAGCCACGAGAACGUAUCCACUCGGUUAUGAAGAAAGUUUUCACUGCCCAGGCACUUUCCCAAUUCACCUACCACGGGCUAUCGACGGCUCAAUGUGCCAGGAAAGCGAUGAAAAACUAUUCCGUAUUUACGGAUUGUUUUUUGGAUGCCUGGCUGGGUCACGGUAUUACGACUGACAUGUUGAAGCACGAGCUGAUGCGAGCGGUCCAGAAAGCCAAGCUGCACCUCAACAAUGCCCGCUACUAUCAGCGGUACAAAUAUCUGCUGUUGGCCAAACGAAAGGAACGCUUCGAUCGGAAAAGGCAGCUCGAAGGGGCUGAAAGUGAUAAAGUCUAGUUUACAUGAGAGAGAGAGAGUGCGAAAGAAGAACGUUAAAUAAACAGUCCGUUUGUUAAAAAUUUUGUUUAAUUUGGCUGUCUUCAGUUUUUGUUUUAUAAUUUUGGAAUACAAGUUUCGUUUCAAACUAUACGAUUUCAGGUGUAAAACUGGAAAAAUGUAUUAGGGCAACUACAGAUUAUUCCAAGUUAAUGUGGAAAACGGACAAGCUACAGACAACUUUCAAACAAAGCCCUCUGACAGAAACCUUUUGUAAAGGUUACAAACCGUCAGCUGCUAAAGAACUAAACAGGCCAAACCAGACGAUGGGCACAAGAAAACCGAUCCGUGUGGCUGGAUUCGAAUUCCCCCUCACCUGUAAAGAAGAUAUCGAUCGAUUGGAGCUGAUGGUGAGCCGCAAUCCCGUGAUACGGAACCAAUAUGUACAAUACCUGGCGAGCAACAAGACCGCCCAUCUGGACAUCGCGCAAGUUUUCUAUCGGCUCUUCGAGGAGGAUAUAUUGGCAAAUUUUAUUCAUACAACAAGAAUAGAAAGUGACGGGAAAAAUGGUGUUCCCGGGCGUAGAAAAUCUUUCCAUCAGUACGCAAUAUUCAGCUCAUGUAUGCUUGAUGCAUGGAAAGCUCAUGGUAUCAGCGCGAGUCUGCUGGAAGAAUCGCUGAAGAAAAUACUGCAGCCAAUUUCGAAUCAUAGAUACUCCAGCAAUUACAAGAAACGGAAACAUGAUGACAUUACGGCUCGGCAAAAUCGGUAGUUUCCAAUUGGUUGGAAAUAAAUGUUUUUCCAAUUUUUCAAAACUGUGUUUUACUGUCUUACUUAACUAUUCGUGCUUUUCAUGUAUGUGUUUCCACCUGAUCAGAACUUCGUAUAUGUUAUAGGCGACGAAUCGAAUUUCAAAACCUUACCAUGUAGGUACAUUCUGGAUACACAAGGGAACAGCAUUUCGGUGCCAAUGUUUUUUUAAGAACUAAUUUUGCAAGAUAUUGGCGUCCUGAAUUCGAAUCAUUCAUCAGAUUUUGUCCAUCUCCUCUAGCUCUGGUGAUAUGGCUUGUGGAAAUUUUAA